AUGCUUCCAGUUAAAACUGCUUUUUCUGCAGCGUGUUCCCAUCGUCGACGACAAGUGCUUGACGAAUUACCGACCAAUGAUGUGUUUGGCAUUAACAUUCCGCAGUGCGAAGGCGAUGGAAAGUUCUAUCGUGCAGAGCAGUGUCGUGUGGGCACCGAGCAGUGCUGGUGCGUAAAUCAGUACGGCAGACAAAUCGGCUCGAUGCAUUCGAAAAUCAGCGAUUUUCGAGAAAUUUGUCAAACGAUACGAAAUUCUUUCAAGGCUGAACCGAAUUGGUCCCUUAGAGAGGAGGAAGAAAAAGCCAUGAAGGAUGUGGAUAAUGUGAUGAGUGAAAGUCGUCGUGAAGUAAAGAAUGUGACAGGAUUUGAAAAUCAUGUAACAUUGUAUAUAGGCGAGGAAGGUUCUCCAUGGAACACUUCUGGAAUAUCAAUGAUAUCUCCUGAAACGGACUUGACAGACGAUGUGGGAAAGAAUGAUAAUAGAGUACGAAAUUCCACCGAAAUGACAGCACUACUU